ACAAACAUUGUGUGUACAUGGUUGGAAUUGGCUAUUUGCAAUUGCAUUGCAUUGAGAAUCAAAACAACCAUGGCUGCCAAACCAGGGAGGAACGGCUCCUGCUCUUCUCACGCCUCAGAGAGAUCUUCUGCCUGUUCUUCCUCCAAUUCAUCAGGCUCCAAGAACAACACUUUAAGCACGAGAAGUAGCCAUGAUAUUUAUGACUUGGAUGACACAAAAUGCGGCUGGUUAUUGAAAAGAUCCCGGGUGUCGAAAAAAUGGAAAAAGCGUUGGUUCGCGUUGAGGAGGGAUGAGCUCAUUUAUGGACACAACUCAGAGUCAUUGGACAAAAGCAUACCAUUGGAUGGGACAGACAUUUCAGAUUCAAUCAUGGACCAAAAGUUGUUUGUGUUCAAACUCCAGCCACUGAACUACAAUCGGUCCUUCUUUCUGCAAGCAGAAAAUGAAGCCGACCAGUUGGAGUGGAUGUCGGCCAUUUGUUUUGCCAAAGCAACCAGUCAUCAAACUGACAAGUCAAAGUCAUGUGUUCUACAGUGAAUCCUUGUUCAAGAGAAGGCAACAAAUUGUUGAAGUCUUUCUGGGAACAGAGGCGAAGAAUCAAUGAAUAUGCUGCUCUCACAUCAUCUGAAAGGAGUUGUAAGGUCAGGACAAUGUAAAGCUGCCUGGGUGAAGAUUUAUGGUUGUGGAGUUACAUGUAUUUAGAGGGUGAGCAGGCCACAGGAAAUAUGCUCAUUUUAUAUGUAGCUGUUCAAGAAUGGAAGACCAAAAGUUAAGUCUAACUAUUUAUUCUAGCUCUAUUUCUCUUGAACAUCUUCCAGAGGUGAUGGUAUUAAUUGAACUGUGCAGAACAUUUUUAAAAAGAAAGGCAUCAGCUCCAAGUCCAAGGUGAGACCAUUCUGAGUUUAAGGAGGGUGAAUGAAUGCCGGAAUGUCAUCAGAGUGCUUGUCUGAGUUUUAUCCAACAUGGCAACAACCAGAGACAUCAGGAUUGCCCUUGAGAUAUAUCUUCUAGGAAUGAAGGUCACAAAAAGACAUCAUUACAAAUGAUAAUAGCUAGCCACACUUUGUUGUAAUGAUUGAUUAGCCAGGGAACUUUAAGAAGCUUAUUAAACAGAAUGAAAAUAAUGAGCAAGUUCAACAGUAGGGGCCUAUAUGUGUAGCCUUUUCACUCAAUUUACUGCUGUCUCUCUCACUAUUCUACAUGUAUCUAAAUCAAUAAUAUGUGCAUAAGAUACAAAUUUGAUUGGUUUAUGAAAGCUGCAAAUAUUUCACAUUUACUAAUUUAGUGUAGCACAUAGUGGCACCAGUAGUGUCAAGAACCAACAAUUAUUUUUCCGAUUCUGUUAUGUUACGACAAUAGAAUUUUGCAUACACUUUACUUUGUAUACAAUACUGACAAAUAUAAUUUCACAAAUCAAAUCAGGAGACUUGAGAUAUUCUAAGAUUCAGGAUCUUUAUGAUACAUGUAUAGAUGUGUAGUUUUACAAGUGUGCAACCAAAAAUAUAAAAGCAAAUGUGGUAAAUCAUUCAUGAUCACUGUAGCAAUGAUUUGUUUCAAUACAAUCGUUUUUAAUGGAGCAAUACAUUGAUGGAUAUACCCAAUGUGUCUUACAAAAAAGCUAACUGCCAUUCAUAUCACAUAGCUUUAUAAAAAUAAUAACUCUUUUAUAGAUUUGUAAUAGUUUGGACUUGAGUGGUUGUUUGUGGUUAAUAUUAUGUACAGAAAUGUAGUGCCUUGCAGUAAAAAAUAAUUUGUAUACACUAAAGACCCCUGAGAUUGACUGUAGAUUGUAAAAUGUAGUUAAAGUGCAUUUUGUAUGUCACUCGUACAUGUACAUGUAUGGGGUCUGCAAUAAAUGGAAAUCAAAACUGGCUUGCAUUACGGUAAUACAGAAAUCAUUGAUUAAAUAUUUUUAUUAUUUUGAUAUUUCUAGUAACUUUAAAAUGCAAAAGUAAAGUGAUUAAGAAUACAUAGAGAUAAAAUGAUUCCAUUAAUAUUAACUUUGUGUACAAGUGUUAUUAUAUAUAUGGUUGUUUUCAUCUUUGGGGGGAAAAAAGAUGAAAAUUGAUGGGUUUACAGUUACAAGCAUUUGUAGAGGCCGUAGUUGACCUGAUUUAAGCAGUUGGCACAGGGCAAGUCUACAUGUACAGAACCACAAGGUAUACAUGUAGAUCAAAUGCAGCUAUAGUAAGUUACAGUUAGUCCAAGUGUACAAUGCAGGUUGACAUAACUUUUAUUUGUAUAGUGAAAGUGAAAGCUGAUCCUUAUUAACAUUUUGACAGGGAAUGAAUACCAAAUGGACUAUUCAAGUAAAUUAUGGGCAAGAUCUUUUAAUUAUACACAUAUAUCUAAUGCCUUUUUGCCAAUAAAAAGCAAAGUUGCUGAAAAUGAGAUGAUGCACAUUAGUAAGAAGAGGCUUUGUGAUUAAAGCGAAGACUUUUUUUGUACCCAACCUCUACUCGACUUGUUGAAAAAAUCAGGAAAUGGUGUACUGUAAAGGUUUUCCGUGCAUUAAACAAGUGCAUGCAUGAAAUAUUUGCUUUCAAUUACAUGUACUAUAAAUCACUGUAUAAUAAUUUUAAAUUACACCAUCUUUUAGAAAUCUCUUGAUUGUGGGAUUUUAAGUCACCCUCUGGAAGUUUUUAUAAUUUUCCAUCAUACUGUACGUAAUUGUCAAAAGAAAAAUGCCGUUCCAGCUUUUUACAUGGAGCAUCAAUAAGAACAAAGGUUUGAUAAGCAGUGAUGUCACUUGUGGUUUUAAUAAUUUCCGUAAGUCAUAUUUCAAGAGUAGUUUUGUCCUGUUUUUCAUUUGGUCUUGGGGACAGCAAUAUAUUCAGGAUAUUGGUUUGUCAAUUUUGCAAUGUUUGAUUUCCAUUGUGGUCAUAAACAAAUAAGAUUUCUCACUUUCACUUUAAUUUGAUUAUUGCAAUUAUUUGAUUUUAUGAAUUUUGUGAAAAUAGAUGACAAGGUCUGCAAAAGGUUCAGAUAUACUGCAGGAAAGAUUAUUCCUAGUCAGAAUUGCAUUCUUUCCAAUUUUACACUUUGUAUGUGGUGUAUUUUCAUUGAGAUGUAUUACAAAUGUGUGACUAAAUAUUGUUCUGAAAUUUCCAGUUGUAUUGCCAUGUGUAUAUUUAAUGUAUCGUGCAUUGGUCAGAUCGCGCACUACUCUGUAUUUACACGAUCAAUGAGAUUACACAUUCAAUUAAAUGUGUAUGUUGGCAAUUUUCUUGAUAUCAUUUAUCUCUGUGAAAAAGCCCCUUGAUGGUGAAAUACAUAUACAUGUACAUGUAUGUCAGUUUUAUGCUGAUACCAGUGAUCACAAAUUAAGAUCUUGACAUGAAUUUUGUUGCUGCUUUACCGUACUGCUGUGGUAUAAUACUGUAUCAUAUUAUCUUUAUAGUACCUGCAUUAUUGGUAUCCUAUUGAUCUGAUUUGUAUUUAUUUCUGGAUUUACAUAACAUGUAUAUUGUACAAUACCUUAACCUACUAUUCAAUAAGAAAAGUUCAACCACCGAAAAUAUGCGGAGUAGUUUUCCACGUGUAUGGGGUGUAGAUCAUUAUUUGUUUAAGGAGACACUGUAAUGGUAUUACACAGUUCAAAGUCCUAUCUUGUUUGCCAAAUUUCUCCAGGUUAUUAUGAAUUGAUAAGCUAGAUUGGUCCACCUGUCAUGUAUUAUAAUUCAAGGGUAUUCUUUUUUUUUUAUAUGGUUUAGUUUUGUGUUUGUGCAAUUUUAGAAAGUGUAAGUUUGUACUACAUGCAUAUCUCUGAUUAUGAAGUAUAUUUCCUUUUCGGGAAAGUCCCUUUUUUAUCGCCCACCCUCAAAAUGUGAGAAUCAAAUAGAGUCAUACUGUUGCAGUUCUUGUCACUAUUCCUGUUAUUGUAAGUGAGCACAAAUGUAAUACAACACGUGAUGGAGACUGUGUAUGAAUGAAGAGUAUCUGGUUAUAUAUUUUUUCAUCUGUUAUAUUUGAUAUAAAACUUAAUCUUUCCCUUUUAUAUUGCAUCCAUGAUGUGAUGCUUGUACUCUUGAGUCAAGACUUUAGUUUCAUUUUAAAGGUGGUAAUAACAGAUUUUCAAAUUUCAAUUCAAAAUUACACAUUUGUAUUAAAAUUUCUCUUCUGUACCCUUUAUUUAUUCAUAAUAUUGGUGAAAAGGAAACAAGUUACUACUCCUCGGAGUUCUCAAAUAUAGAACUUUUAUUUCUUUAUGUUAUAUUUAUUUCACUUUUAGAUAGAUAUAAAUGAAGAUAACAGUAAAAUUUCAUCAGUCUAAACAACAUAAUGAUUUUUAAGGACACCAUAGCCUAUGUGUUUGAUUGGUAUGGAAUCCUGCAUAUGUACAAUGUAUAUUUCCAACCUGUAUUUCAGAUGGUUAAGUUACUGCGUUUGGUCGUGGUACAUAUAGAUAUUUUUAUCACAAUCGAACCAUUAUAUCAUUCCAGUAUUUAAAAUACUCUAUCUUUAUGUAGCAUUGAUUUUAAUUUUGAUAUCAAUAUUCAUUUUUUUUUAUUCAAAUGCAUGUAGUUACUUUUCAUUAACAUUAUUUACUUACAUGAUCAAAUAUUAACUUGCCUAAAGCAGAGCUUAUUGAAAAGUUAUUUAUAUGAGUAAAUACAUGCAUGUCCCAAAGUGUUAUUUGUGGUGAAUACAAGUUAAGUAUUUAAUAAUACUGAGUAAUAAUAAUAAUAACGCGCCUCGGAAUAGAAUAUUUCUAGAUAGAUGGCGCUAUAUAAAUGCCUAUUAUUAUUAUUUCCUGACCUUUUGUAGGACAAUAUAUUGUUAUAUGCACUGUCCAAUAUGAAAAUAAUUUACCUAUCCCAUAUCUAGUGAAAUCCCCAAUGAUACUCAACAUGUAACCUAUUAUACUGUUUUUGCCAAAUGUGUUCACAUUUUUGCAAGAGUAUUUUUAGCUGUGAUGUGAUGGUUAUAACAAAGGAAAAUUAUACUCAUGUGUUUUGUCAAAAUAUCUAUAAAUGAAACCACUUGUUCAUCUAUUAAUAGACAUGAUCAGUUGUGUGCAGUAAGGUCGAUAAUCCUUUUCCUCACUCUACAUUAUGUGAUACACUUACAUUACAUGAUACUCCUACUUACAAGUAUAAGUAAUUUGAGUGUAUGGUUGCAUUUAGCAGUAGGUUUUGCAUAGACAUUGCAUAACAUUUUGUAUGACUUCAUUAGCAUGUUCUCAUUACUAAGGGUAAUGCUGGGACUUCCAAGAUAGCGGGACAUUGAGCGUUCACUGAGGAUAAUGAUGUGAUAGUGGAACCUCUAGUGUGCUCCCAGAAAGGUCAUUUACCUUCUUUGUAUUCUCACUACAAGCACCAAUCAUUAUCUUUAGUUCAUUUGUUAGCCUCAAGAACCCUGUGCUUAUUACCAUUGAUAAUGAUAUCACCAUGGAAACUGAAUAAAUUAAAAAUUGAGGGCAACCACUGGAUUUCUACCACUACCAACAAGCAAAUAACAUUCUUCUGAGGAAGUUUUUACCAGAGUUGGGCUAGCAGGACUGCCACACCACUUUCCUAUGUUGGAUUUAAAAAAAAAAGUUUUCCUUGUUCCACUACAAAACCCACUAGUAAUGAUAUUAAACAUUUCUUUGUUUAUUAGAUUCCUGAUACAGUACAGUAUACAGUUAUUGACAGAAGAAAGAAACAGAGAUUUUGUUUGGCACUGUUUCAUCUGUACCCAUUGUUUCAUCAAAUGACAGGAAAUAUCAAACUUUGCCAAGUUUAUAAUUUAAUACAAGAGAAACUAAGUUCUUAAUCUAAUAACUUUGUUCUAUUGUUUGCAAUAUUCCAAGGCUUUGACAUUAUAAUACACAUGUUGUACAUUCAUAAUCAGAGAUGCUACAAUAGGGAAUCCUACCUUUUUGCAACAUAUUUGCAGGCAUACAAAGUGCAAUGUUGGUUAAAGCAUGGUAACCACCCCCCCCCCAAAAAAAAAGAACUGUCUGUCACAAUUCAAAUCCAAUACUUGAUUGCAUGCCAGCCCUAAACGAUGCGGAGGAUCUUUGUCUUCAACUUUCUAAUGCUCAAUCACUAAAAUUUGAAAGAUUAAUGUGCAGUCCCUUUUAAAAAUCAAAAUAAAUACAUCGAAUGAGGGCACUGGUGAGUCAAAGAAUUGUGACUAGUAGUGUAGAUGUCCUCAAAUUCAAACUUUAAAUUUUCAUAGUGAAUCAAGAGAUUAAAAAUAAUUCAAUUUCCACAACACAAUUUCAAUGUUAGAUGAUGAUACUGGAGUAUGUAAGUAAUUUACACUUACUGUCUCUUCACCAAAGUUUCAGAAAGGCUUUAAAGGUCCCUUACAGAUAAUUACCCUACCUUUUUCAUCAGUUGUAAGUGGUAUGCUGGAGUAUUUAAAGCACUGUUUUCAUUUCAUGUGAUUUACUAUACUCAAGAGCAACAUUAUUAUUUUAUUAGCUCAUCACCUUGUUAUGCGUUGAUCAACAUGUUUCAUCACCUUUUAUUUGUCUUAUUUUUAAAAGAUAUAUCUUGAAUAACAUCAGUCAUGCGUAUCUGUAAUGUUAUCUAAUUAUAAUUUAGGUCAUUUUUAUUCUGUUAUAUGAAAGUAAAUUCAUUGUAUUUGUUCAUUUCAGCAUUAUGAAAGAUUCUUCUUCACAAUAAUGCACUGGUCAUGAACAUGUCAUGGAUGUAUGUUUGAAUUUUAAAAAUUUUAUUCUGUAAGCUUUAGUCUUGCUACUUGCCCCAAUCUGAUGUGUGAUAAAUUGUCAUUCAAAAUCUUAGAAUAGAGGUAUUUGGGUGUUGGUUGUAUUGCCAUGUAAGAUGUAGAAUAUUGCCAAUUUGAUGCUGCUGCUGCAUGAUAAAAGGAUAAAAGUGAUGCAAGGAAAACAUUGAUUUUGUUCUACGUGUAAAUAUAUACUCAAUGUUGCAUGUUAUCAAUUUCAAAAUAUACUUUUCCUUCUUGAUUUUUUUAAAACACUAUUUGAUGUUAUAGGUAUUUAAAUCCAUGGUGUAUUUCUAACACCCAUGUUUGUGGAUCUCAGAAAACUGAGUGGUGUUCUUAACACUGUAGAUUUGACAGUCAACGUGUAAUGUAUUCCAAACACCAACCUGUACUUAAUCUCUAUAGAAACAGAUGGUCAAUAUUAAUAGUCCCUUCAUAUAUCCAUUGUGCACUUUUACUCAUAGUAUGCAAGCAGCUUUUAAUUUCGUGAUGGUAUUAUCCUCUCUUGAAAUAAGAGCAUAUGAACUCACCCCAGGUGUGUGUACUUCUGAUGAGUUAAUCUCUUUAAAGGGACACAUACCAGACAGUCAAAAUAAAAUUUGGAUGUGAAUGAUGUGAAGUAAUUUAGAUUUUUGUUGUUGUUGAGUGAAUCAUUUAUAAAACAUUUAUAAAUGCCAAACAUAGGCUUAUGUACUUAUGUGUUAUAAAUAGCCAAUGGUGUCAGAAGAUCAUACCGAUUAUGUAAUAUUUUAAUAUUCUGCUCUGUAAAACUUAGAAAUGGUUUGACUGCAAAUGAAACAUGUAGAGACCAGACUUAGUGUACAUUUGUUUUGAAGCAAGUAUUCUGUACAUGAUCUAAGGAAAGUUUUGUCAAGAUGGAUAAUGAUGUUUGAACAAUGUUUCAUUUUAUUCUUAAGUUUUCUUCCUUCAGCAGUUAGAAAAAAGCAGAUUUGCCUGGCUACACAUACUGUAGCUUUCUAUGAUGGUCACCUGUACCUGUAUUAUCACCUGCUAUAUGUACUUCCUCUCUAGGUAUAUGUUUAUAUAUAAAGUGACAAUCUGACUGUCCAUAUAAAAUAGCUGCUGUCUAAAGUGAUGAUAGAGUGGACCUGUUUAUUAUAAAGAUAUCUCAAUGGAGUCUACAGUGUUUUUUUUUUUGGGGGGGGGGUAGAUUAUCCCCUAAAUUUAGAGUAAACAAAUAUGUAAUUUCAAUUUGAAAUGACUUGAUUCUGUCAAGAAUCAAUGAUCGAUUGUAUUUUUUUCUUUGUUAUAGUAAUAUUACUUGCCCUUUGAACAUGACUUUCAAGGACACAUGAAUGUUUUGUGAAGGAUGUGAAUAUUGAAAAAAUGUAUGCUUUGAAAGUUCACUUAACAAACUUGGGAGAGGGUUCUGAGCUUGUUAAAUGUGAGAACCGUUCACCAAAAGUUUUAUCAUUUUUUUAAGAUUCUGAUGAACUAAAAGGGGGAUGCUUCUGAACCAAAGUUUGUUUCAUAAACCCUUUUACUUGGGGAAAGUGGUCUAAACUUGCAACUGAAGAGGCUCUAAGUGGGGCUUGCUCAUUGAAGGCCUCUUGUGCACAUCAAGUGUAAUUGCGCUAGACUUGUCAUAAGACCCACUGGUUGAUUAAAGUGUCAAGGUCUGUGCUUGCAGACUAUUUAUCCCACCCAACCCCUGCAUAUGUUCAGUGAGCUGUUUGGCAUCGAUUUUGAAGUUGGAUUUGUCCAUUUUUAUGACAUUCGCAUCCUUUGCAAAUUGUUUGUGUGCCACUCAAUCAUCAAUAUGUAGUAGAGACUAUUUUAUUGUAGUUGUAUCUGUCUUUUUCUCCAACUUUCACCAAAUAUUCAUUCAGCUGUGAUUUAUAUAUUGAUUGUUAUGUCAUCUGAAAUUUGUAAAUAAUAGUAGCAAUCAAUCAAAAUGUAUUUAUAUUCUACUAUAUAUAUUUUUGAUUUGCUUAAGAACAACACUUGGCCAUAUUACGGUAAGCAUUGUCAAUCAAAGCAUAUAACAUGUACUAAACGGAAUGAUUAAAUUGCUAAAUGCAUAGCA